AUGCUGCAAUCUAUUCCCACUCCACUCUGGCUGGAUUGCGAUCCUGUAUUGACCAUCAGCUCAGGCCACGAUGAUGCAUUCGCAAUCUUAAUCGCUGCUCUUCACCCUUCUCUCAACCUCCUUGGUAUCACAACCAUUCAUGGGAAUGCCUCCUUGGCCAACACCACCGCCAAUGCCGGGAGCAUACUUGAAGCUAUCGGCAGGCCGAAAAUCCCCGUAUACCCUGGAAGUGUGAAGCCAUUCUCUCGGCCCGCUCUCCAUGCACCGGAUAUUCACGGUGAAUCGGGUCUUGAUGGCACCGAUCUUCUCCCUAAAGCUUCCCAGUCACCGAUUCUCGACCAGAAUCCGAUCCUAGCAAUGCGAAACGCUCUUUUAGCUCAGCCAAAGGGUACUCCGUGGGUGAUUGCAACUGGAACCAUGACCAAUAUCGCUCUCUUGUUCGCCACAUUCCCGGAGGUUGUUGACCAUAUUCAAGGACUGAGUAUUAUGGGAGGUGCCAUUGGUGGUGGUUUCACAGAUGCUCCCAUGAGUAGACUUCCUGGAGAAAACUCUCGUGUUGGAAAUAUUACCCCUUGGGCAGAAUUCAAUAUCUAUUGUGAUCCCGAGGCUGCCGAAUCAAUCUUCAGCAACCCCAUUCUUGCAGCUAAAACUACUAUUAUCGCUUUGGAUCUCACCCACCAGGUCCUGGCCUCUCCAGAUGUCCAGCAGCGCAUUCUCCACGGAUCCAGCGGCUCAAAGCCACCAACAGUUGUGCGGCAGAUGUUACAUGACUUGCUUCUGUUCUUUGCGGAUACAUAUAAGACGGUAUUUGGAUUGAUUGAUGGCCCCCCAUUGCAUGAUCCUCUCGCAGUGGCUGUCAUUCUAUCGACCCUGAACCCUGUGUUUUCCCAGCAGUUCCCUGAAAAUGCCCUCAAAUUUGACGACAAAGGCGGCGAGCGUUUCAACGUUAGCGUUGUCACUGAUGGUGUCCAUGGUGGAGAUGCUUCCACUACCGGUCAAUUAGGACGUACCAUUGCUAUUCAAGCUGAUGGACCGGGAGUGGCCAUUCCUAGAGGAGUCGACUUGGAGGCGUUCUGGAGCUUGAUUAUCCAGUGUGUGCAGUUGGCUGAUGACUGCAAUGAUACUCGCUCAAGAGCUUAA